CCGCUCCACAGUCGCCCGCUCCCCGCCGCGCUCAGACCAGCACUCGCACCGCCCGGCCAUGGCGUGCAAGGAGCAGACCGUGAGCAUCGACCUGCAGUCCCGGGGCCUGCCUCCCCCCUACCCCGGCACCCAGCAGGGCUUCCCGGCAGAGCAGCCGCGCGACUUCGUGCUCUGGUCCCUCUUCAACGUGCUGCUGUGCCAGAAGCUCGCCUGCCUGGGCUGCCUGGGCUUCCCCGCGCUUAUCUUCUCUAUCAAGGCCCGAGAUCGGAAAGUACUGGGGGACCUGGAAGGUGCUCGGAGCUAUGGCACCACCGCCAAGGUGUUAAACAUCAUCGGGUCACUGCUGGUGGUAGUUGCUAUUGCUGUGGUCCUUUUCUUUUGCUUUUGGAGACCUUAACAGCAUCCCUUUAAUGAAGUUCCUGGGACUGACACCAGCCAGGCAUUCAGAAAGGGGAUUGGAAGAUAACUCAAAAGACGAGGAAAUGACCCACUGCUGGCUGUUCAUGCUGUGAUGGAAAUUCACAACAGGUCAUGAGUUCAAAAAUUGACUCAUUAAUAGCACCAUUGUAGCUUUGAUGCUAGUUAUGUGGUCACGCUCAUUUCAAAUCUGCGCGGGCCCCCACUUCUCUGCUCCAUGCACUGUGGCCAUGGAAUCGGCCACUACCUACUUGUUCCUCUUCCAGCCUGAUCCAGCUGUUUACCUUUUUUGGAUUUCUUGCACUGAAAAUCAUCCGCAUUCACUGCUGUUGUGACCCUCCCUCUCUGCAGCACCCAACACAGAGAGUAAUAGAUGAUGAGGUCAGAGGAGGCUCCAGUCUACCUCACUUUGUUCCUAGAGAUGGACCAGAACCACCCACUCUUUGGGGUAGUUUGGAUCCAGGCUUUGCCAUUGGCCCCCAUUUCUACAAUGGGCCAAAUCAAAACAUGGGUUCAAAAUCCCCCUCCCAUCCCCCCGCUCUCCAUGCUUUGGGACAUUUAAAUCUGGAUUCAAACUUUGUGCCUUGGCCCAGUUUUAUCUGUCUGUAUCAACCCAGCAAUAAUGUUCGUCCGGGGCAGUAUUUACAGCAGUAAAGCCAUCUGCAGAGACUCCGGCCUGCUCUUUUCACUGCAGCGACCUGCCCUGCGGGGAAGAGAGAAGUGUAAAGGGGACAAAAUGUUUAACUUGAUCUGUGUGAUGGGGUAAUGCACUGUGCAACACAGAGCUAAUGUGGGACCAGUUGGCCCCACCCCACCUCUGAGAGAUGUCAGAAUGGGGGGUGCUUAAACGGGAGAAACCCAGCUGAGUUGGUUGCAGAGUGGGGAGGGGAGCAGU